AUGAAAACCCCAGAAGAGAAGAUCCAGUUUAAAAACCACUUCUUCAAGUUGGGCCAGGGUCGCAUAAUCCCGGUAUCUGACGACAAGUAUUGGCUGGUUUUCUGGAAUGUGCCACGUGAGCUGACUGACAUCUUCGAUUUGCUUACACCAUAUGAUAUCCAAACAGUCCGGGACCAGAAUCUUCCCAACGUCCUUCUGUUUGUGUAUGUUUUGGCUCUGAAAACGCUGCAUUUUGCUACAAACUUCUCCUCCAGGAAACAUUUGGAGCUUCUCAACUGCCUCAGGCUCCUUUCCAAAGUCAUCCCAUUCAUAUAUGAACUUCCUAAUUACUCAUCGGAAAUCGAACCGGCCCUAUUUUGGUCUCGCAAAUUCACUCCUUUGAAUUUUUUGCUGGCCUCUCCAGGAAUCACUCUCGACUCUUCAGCAACGGUGGUUAUUUCCGAUGAAGAGCCAGUAUUGGCUGCCAGUCUAGCCACUGCUCUUGUGGAGCUUCUACUCAAACCAGGAUUCACCGUAGAUGAACAGGAUGGAAAACUGGCCAAUGGGAUGUUGUCAAAUGGUACGGCUAGCUCCAAGCUCAUUUUGUGGGAGCCAGGCAUCGGAGGCUCUGGAAAGUAUCGCCCUCCGAAUUCUAUCCACGAUAGUAAUAGAGUCGAGGUUUUACGUACCUUGUUGGUGCUAAUUUCGUCAUCCUUCUAUGAGAAACCGUCUACUGUCAUCUCGCAGGGCUCCAGAUUCCUCACUUUCAUGGUCGCCUGCUUGCCGAGAUCCAAUCUAGUAUCCAUGGUGUGCAGCUUGUUCAACAUCACAUGUCGAUCUGCUCGCAAAACUGAUGAAUGUGGCUUGGUCUUUGACAAUACGGCACUCUCCGAACUGCGCUACUUGUGCGUGAGUUACUCCGUCCAGCUUUUGACAGCCAUGCUAGUACAUCCCAUUCCAUCUCUGGAAACCACGCAGUUGUUACUCGAUAACCAACUCACAACAUCGAAAAAACCUCUUAAUGUGGUGCGCCUCUUCUUUGGGAAUCUCUCUAGGGACAGCGAGUUGUUGUUCAUGGUGUCUCAUUUGCUCAACAUUCUCAAAUUUCCAUUUCAAUCCCAAGAGGAUAGAACCAAAAGUCAGCCGUCACCAUGGGCAUUGGAGGCUACCAUUAUAUUGUGGGAGCUCUUACAGUGCAACAAAAAUUUCAGGAACACCAUCGCUCAUAGACUCGUUGUUUCUCUCGCACCAUACCUUUUGUAUCAUGUCUUUGCAUUCCACAACAAUCCACAGUACUCCAACAUUGUGAAAAUUUCUGCAUACUUUUUGUUUUACAUUUCUACCGAAGAGCUAUGGGUAGAGACCCUCGUUUUGCCGAUGAGCAAUUCCGUUAUCGAUGCAUUUCCUUCAGACUUUCAAUCUCUGCAUGUUACCUCCACUCGAGACUUUCUAAUUGUCCAUAUCUGUGACAUUUUGAGGGGUGUGUCUCCUACGGGACAUAUUAAGUUGCCAGCACAUUUGCUGUCGUUUUUGAUGCCGACUUUGGUGGAAAUAUUGUACAAUAUUACUCCUGUCAUCAACAAAAACAUAGAAGGCACUAGCAUUGCUUCCAAGAGAAUGGCCAAUAUCAAUGCUUACGGUGGGCUCUCGUAUCUGGCAUGCAGUGCACUCACUCAGCUAUUAGUCAAGUUCUCUACGAAGACGUUUUUACUAGAAGAGCCUCGUAAUGCAGAGAUGUUGGCUUUGAUUUUGCGUGCAUUGUGUACAACAGCUAUCAAGCAGCCGACAGCAUCCAGAAUGCUUUUAUUCACGUUCAUGAAAAAUGAAAAGAUAUACGAUGGCAUUUGGAGUGUCAUUUACGGAUUGGGAAACGAGUAUUUCUACAGCGAGAACAUGAAGUUGAUGAAUGUUCAGGAGGAUGAAGAAGAAAGUAACGACCCGGAAACGGCAUUAACGUCCCCGGUAUAUGGCAGUUUCACAAGUCGGCCAGUUACUUCUCCUGACCAACAUUCGAUAAAUUCUGUCACCACGAACGAAGACUAUUUUCCAGGAUUCAAGGACUCGUUGAACAACUCGUUGACCAAUUCUUUGAUUAGUAUCUUACCAGAGGAAACAGAAGAAACGGAUGAAGACGACGAAAGUGCUUUGCGAGAUGCCUUGAGACCUCCACUACCCACUGGUAUGUCUCUGAAAGCUAAGGAGAAGCUUCCACAGGAUUCGUCGCUCAGUCAAACUUGGGGAGGAAAUGACGCCUUGAGGAUUAUAAUAACUAUCAUUAUACCUCAUAUUAAGUUAGAAUUAGAGGACUUAUUGUCCAAGGAGGACGAUAGUUUUGACAACUUUUAUGUUGUGACACAAAUUGAACGCUCCAACUUGAAAGCGGUCAUUGAACAAAAUAGGGUACAAAUUAAUUAUGAUUUCUUGCCUGAUACGCCAGUGGAUACCCUCCCGUUCAAUUGGAGCUCCUUAUCAUUAGGAUGGUAUGUGUCGACGUUCUAUUUCGACAUCUAUAAUAGCACUGAAACGGUUAGAAAAUUUGUGAAGACCAGCAAGACACUCAUGAAUAAUAUUUCAUCUUCCAUUGCAGUCUUAAGCAAAUUCGCAUCGAACUGGUCAGGACUUGGAACUCCUGCUCCAAAUUCACAUCAGGAUCAAAUAACCAUUGACUACGUCGAGAGGGGUUCGUGUUGGCUCAACUUAUGGGAAUCUUCCAAUGUUCGCUUGUUUAAAAUCAAAGCAAACGACAACGACAAGUUUUUUAAUGCAUUUGGGCUCAAAUUCGGCAACGCCACUCCGAACAUUGGUGGCGCUAACGAUAUCACUCACUCUUUGGCACGAAGAUUCAGUGACUUCCGCAGCCGGUCCAUCGUUUCAUCAACCACUUCGAUUCCGCAGACCAUAGACGAACUGCCCGAUGGGCCACGUCUAUCUAAGAGGAACUCUGUGAGUUCUUUACAUUCGCUAAAUACUCUCAACCGGAGCAGAUCAAAUACUCCGAGAAACUCCUUUAGCACAUAG